AUGUCUUCAAAGAAUUAUGAGGGAAACGUCGAGGUUCUUUAUGCCAUUGCGCAAAGAGCAUUAAAAGUGGAAUGGGGAAACAUUCAUACAUGUGCUGUUGUUAUUAUUAUUGUGAUGAUGGCCUCCCCCAGAUCAAAAAGAAUAAAAAGAAUAAGAAAAGAACUACAUAGAAAUUAUGAUCUGGCAGUGUUGGAUGCUUGA